AUGUCCCAAGAAGAAAAAGUCACUUCCAACACAACCUCAAGGGCUGAGACGUCGAACAAUAAAAAAAGCAACAAACAAGAACUUGAGGUAGAUGAGCUCGUAGGGAAACUGUCUAUUGAAGGUGCCCCCCAGGUCUCACAAAAGUUAAGCAAAGAAGAGAAACACGCUUAUCAACUUGAAGCUGAUUCCCGUUCCAUCUUCGUAGGCAACAUUACGCUAGAUGUUACCCCGGAACAAAUUGAAGAGCUCUUCCAAGAUUGUGGUGUAAUAAAAAGGAUAACACUACUUUACGAUAGGAAUACGGGUGCACCAAAAGGUUACGGAUAUAUUGAGUUCGAAAGUCCAGCAUAUCGAGAAAAGGCUCUCCAGUUAAAUGGAGCAGAACUAAAGGGUAAAAAAAUUGCUGUAUCCAGAAAAAGAACUAACAUUCCAGGAUUUAAUAGGAACUACAACACACAAAACCAAUACUUUCAACAAUGGCAAUGGAACUAUCCUUUAAUGGCCUAUCCGAAUCCCGACACAUUCCCUUAUUAUCCACAGUAUCCUCCAAACCAAUCUCCUAAUCAGAAUUUUGGAUAUAAUAAGAAUGGAUAUUAUAGAGGCCCAUAUACCAAUAAAAACAGAAAUCAUCAAAAAAAGAAUACCAGUAGUGCAAAAGAUUCUUAUAAGAUUAGCAGACCUUCUUCCCAAAAAUCCGUCAUUAUUCCAAUGGAUAAUAGUAAAAAUAUCUCCCGGGAUGAAGUUCCAGAAUGA